CCAGCUCCUGCCUCUACCUCGGGGGUGGUGGAGAGGGUUUUAGGAAGGAAGAGGGAUCCACAGAGGGAAACUCAAAGUCCUAGCAGAUGCUGCCUCAGAGUUUCCAGAUUGCACAGGACUCGUUUUCUUUUGGCAUUAUCAGAUUUGGCUUUGGAGAGGACUUGUUUGCCCCGUUUGCCUCCUGGAUGUGACCUCCUUCUCCCCCUUCCUUUGCUUUCCUGGGAGAUACCCACAUGUUCGUGUUUGUGUCUUUGGGCGUGUGUAGGGACUGAUGACGGAGCCCAGGAGGUGGUGAAGGAGAUCUUAGAAGAUGUGGUCACAUGUGCUGUUAAAGAAGCAGCACAAAAGCAUGGCCUGACAGAACCCGAGCGGGUCCUGGGUGAACUGGAGUGCCAGGAAUGUGCUGUUCCUCCAGCAGCUGACGAAAACUCACAGACCAAUGGGAUAGCAGACGACAGGCAGUCCUUGUCGUCGGCGGAUAAUCUGGAAUCAGAUGCACAGGCCCAUCAAGUGGCCACUAGGUUCUCUCACAUUCUGCAGAAGGACGCCUUCCUGGUGUUUCGCUCCCUUUGCAAGCUGUCCAUGAAACCCCUUGCUGAAGGCCCCCCAGAUCCAAAAUCCCACGAGCUGCGUUCCAAGGUGGUUUCCCUGCAGCUGCUCCUGUCUGUGCUGCAGAACGCCGGCCAGGUCUUCAGGACUCACGAGAUGUUCAUCAACGCAAUCAAGCAGUAUCUCUGUGUGGCGUUGUCCAAAAAUGGCGUCUCCUCAGUGCCUGAUGUCUUUGAGCUCUCUCUUGCCAUUUUUCUUACUCUUCUUUCAAACUUCAAAAUGCACUUGAAAAUGCAAAUAGAGGUCUUUUUCAAAGAGAUUUUCCUGAACAUUUUAGAAACAUCAACAAGUUCUUUUGAGCACAGGUGGAUGGUCAUUCAGACUCUGACAAGGAUCUGUGCAGACGCCCAGUGUGUUGUAGAUAUUUAUGUCAACUACGACUGUGAUUUAAAUGCUGCUAACAUUUUUGAGCGCCUCGUGAAUGAUUUAUCCAAAAUCGCUCAGGGAAGAAGUGGACAUGAGCUGGGGAUGACACCUUUGCAGGAGCUCAGUCUGAGGAAGAAAGGUUUGGAGUGCCUCGUGUCCAUUCUCAAGUGUAUGGUGGAAUGGAGCAAAGACCUGUAUGUGAAUCCCAACCACCAGACCAGCCUCGGUCAGGAGAGGCCCACAGAUCAGGAUCUAGGGGAUGGGAAAGGCCUUGACAUGGCAAGACGGAGCAGUGUGACGUCCAUGGAGUCCACGGUGUCUUCGGGGACCCAGAUGGCUGUCCAGGAUGAUCCAGAGCAGUUUGAGGUCAUCAAGCAACAAAAGGACAUUAUCGAACAUGGCAUCGAGCUUUUCAACAAGAAACCCAAGAGAGGCAUCCAGUUUCUCCAGGAGCAGGGCAUGUUGGGAACAUCAGUUGAAGACAUUGCCCAAUUCCUGCACCAGGAGGAGCGCCUUGAUUCUACCCAGGUAGGUGAUUUUCUGGGAGACAGCACAAGGUUCAACAAGGAAGUGAUGUAUGCCUACGUGGACCAACUUGACUUCUGCGAAAAGGAAUUUGUCUCAGCCCUACGGACAUUUCUAGAAGGUUUCCGUCUACCUGGGGAAGCCCAGAAGAUUGAUCGACUAAUGGAGAAAUUUGCUGCAAGAUACAUAGAGUGCAACCAGGGGGAAUCAGAUGCACAGGCCCAUCAAGUGGCCACUAGGUUCUCUCACAUUCUGCAGAAGGACGCCUUCCUGGUGUUUCGCUCCCUUUGCAAGCUGUCCAUGAAACCCCUUGCUGAAGGCCCCCCAGAUCCAAAAUCCCACGAGCUGCGUUCCAAGGUGGUUUCCCUGCAGCUGCUCCUGUCUGUGCUGCAGAACGCCGGCCAGGUCUUCAGGACUCACGAGAUGUUCAUCAACGCAAUCAAGCAGUAUCUCUGUGUGGCGUUGUCCAAAAAUGGCGUCUCCUCAGUGCCUGAUGUCUUUGAGCUCUCUCUUGCCAUUUUUCUUACUCUUCUUUCAAACUUCAAAAUGCACUUGAAAAUGCAAAUAGAGGUCUUUUUCAAAGAGAUUUUCCUGAACAUUUUAGAAACAUCAACAAGUUCUUUUGAGCACAGGUGGAUGGUCAUUCAGACUCUGACAAGGAUCUGUGCAGACGCCCAGUGUGUUGUAGAUAUUUAUGUCAACUACGACUGUGAUUUAAAUGCUGCUAACAUUUUUGAGCGCCUCGUGAAUGAUUUAUCCAAAAUCGCUCAGGGAAGAAGUGGACAUGAGCUGGGGAUGACACCUUUGCAGAUCUUGAAAUGCAUCAGCCAGCUGGAGCUCGCUCAGCUGAUAGGAACCGGUGUGAAAACCCGCUACCUGUCUGGAUCUGGGCGUGAAAGAGAAGGGAGCCUGAAGGGCCACACGUUGGUGGGAGAAGAGUUCAUGGGCCUUGGCCUUGGUAAUUUGGUGAGUGGUGGAGUGGAUAAGAGACAGAUGGCCAGCUUCCAGGAAUCGGUUGGUGAGACCAGCUCGCAGAGUGUGGUUGUAGCUGUAGACAGAAUUUUUACUGGAUCUACUAGACUGGAUGGAAAUGCCAUAGUUGACUUUGUCCGCUGGCUGUGCGCCGUGUCCAUGGACGAGCUGGCUUCCCCACACCACCCCCGCAUGUUCAGCUUACAGAAGAUUGUGGAGAUAUCAUACUACAACAUGAAUCGGAUCCGGUUGCAGUGGUCGCGAAUAUGGCAUGUGAUUGGAGAUCACUUCAAUAAGGUUGGCUGUAACCCCAAUGAAGAUGUGGCGAUCUUUGCUGUUGACUCCUUAAGGCAGCUCUCUAUGAAGUUUCUCGAGAAGGGAGAAUUAGCCAACUUUCGUUUCCAGAAAGAUUUUCUGAGGCCCUUUGAGCAUAUCAUGAAGAAAAACAGGUCUCCAACCAUCCGGGACAUGGUGAUCCGCUGCAUCGCGCAGAUGGUGAACUCCCAGGCAGCCAACAUCCGCUCGGGCUGGAAGAACAUCUUUGCAGUGUUCCACCAGGCAGCCUCGGAUCAUGAUGGGAACAUUGUGGAGCUGGCCUUCCAGACCACAGGCCACAUCGUCACAACUAUUUUCCAGCACCAUUUCCCUGCAGCCAUCGAUUCCUUUCAGGACGCUGUGAAGUGCUUGUCGGAGUUUGCCUGCAAUGCCGCCUUCCCCGACACGAGCAUGGAGGCGAUCCGGCUCAUCCGCUUCUGUGGGAAAUACGUCUCCGAGAGGCCUCGGGUGCUACAAGAAUACACAAGCGACGACAUGAAUGUUGCUCCUGGCGACAGGGUCUGGGUCCGAGGCUGGUUCCCCAUCCUGUUUGAGCUCUCCUGCAUCAUUAACAGAUGCAAGCUAGAUGUUCGGACAAGAGGACUCACAGUCAUGUUCGAGAUCAUGAAGAGCUAUGGCCACACCUUUGAAAAGCACUGGUGGCAGGACCUGUUCAGAAUCGUGUUCAGGAUUUUUGACAAUAUGAAACUCCCUGAGCAGCAGUCAGAGAAAUCCGAGUGGAUGACAACAACUUGCAAUCACGCACUCUAUGCCAUUUGUGAUGUGUUCACCCAGUUUUAUGAAGCUCUGAAUGAAGUGCUUCUGUCUGAUGUGUUUGCACAGCUGCAGUGGUGUGUAAAACAAGACAAUGAGCAGUUGGCUCGGUCAGGUACCAAUUGCUUAGAAAACUUAGUAAUAUCCAACGGGGAGAAAUUCAGUCCCGACGUCUGGGAUGAGACAUGCAGUUGUAUGCUGGAUAUCUUCAAAACAACCAUCCCACACGUUUUGCUGACUUGGAGACCUGUAGGAAUGGAGGAAGAUUCGUCAGAAAAACAUUUGGAUGUGGAUCUGGACCGCCAGUCUCUAAGCAGCAUAGAUAAAAAUGCCUCUGAGAGAGGCCAGAGCCAACUCUCUAACCCAACCGAUGACAGCUGGAAAGGUAGACCAUAUGCAAAUCAGAAACUGUUUGCCAGCCUCCUCAUCAAGUGUGUGGUCCAGUUGGAAUUGAUACAGACCAUCGACAACAUCGUGUUCUACCCUGCAACAAGCAAAAAGGAAGAUGCAGAACACAUGGUUGCUGCCCAGCAAGACACGCUGGAUGCAGAUAUCCACAUAGAGACGGAGGAUCAGGGCAUGUACAAGUGCAUGUCUUCCCAGCACCUGUUCAAGCUGCUGGACUGCUUGCAGGAGUCCCACUCAUUCUCAAAGGCCUUCAACUCCAAUUACGAGCAACGGACUGUCCUGUGGAGAGCAGGUUUUAAGGGCAAAUCUAAACCUAAUCUUCUAAAACAAGAAACCAGCAGCCUGGCCUGUUGUUUGAGGAUCCUGUUUCGGAUGUAUGUCGACGAGAACCGCAGAGAUUCCUGGGAGGAAAUACAGCAGCGACUUUUAACCGUGUGCAGUGAGGCCCUUGCCUAUUUCAUCACAGUGAAUUCUGAGAGCCAUCGGGAGGCCUGGACAAGUCUUCUGUUGUUACUUCUAACAAAAACCCUCAAAAUAAACGAUGAAAAGUUUAAAGCACACGCUUCUAUGUACUACCCCUACUUGUGUGAGAUUAUGCAGUUUGACCUGAUUCCUGAGCUCCGAGCAGUUCUGCGCAAGUUCUUCCUGCGGAUAGGUGUUGUCUAUAAGAUAUGGAUUCCGGAAGAGCCAUCACAGGUACCAGGGACACUGUCCCCAGUAUGGUAGCCCUGGCCCCUGUGGGCCCCUGCUGCAGCUCUGCAGAACGUUCACCACGCCACCUCUGCCUGGCACAUGUCGUGGAGGAUCAGAUCAUAGAAACAGGGAGUCGGCAUCUGGGAGCUCAGAAUGGCCUGGAGGAAGCUGGCCUCGACGAGGGUCCCACAGUCCCUGGCUGAGACGUUGUGCUGUUUCAUUAAAGUGUUGCAUACCCAGUUAACACAGUAGGUGGGGAGUCUGUUUCAUCUCUGUCAUUCCGUCUUCCUGACUAAACUGUCAAGCCUGUCGCCACACAUACGCCAUUUCCUAGCAGAGUCCCAUGAUUGGCUGUAUGCGUUCUGUCGGAGGAAGUUGCUUUCCUUGCAAAUACUGAGCAUAGCUGUAGAGGUUCGUGAUUAUUAGAGAGUAUGUUAAUAAAAUUUCUUGUAACGGCUAAAUGCCGCCUAAAAUAUGCUGGACUUUUUGUUGUCGUUUGAGUGUGUUGGAGAAUUUUGAGUGUUUUUGUGAGUCAGCUGUAGUUAGAUUAGUUCGGAGAAAGUUAGUGGGAAAAAGCAUUGUUUUUGUUUUGUUUUGUUAAUGUCUGAGUGAUUUUUAAAGUACUUUAUGAAAAGCUACUAUUGAAGAUUUCAUUGAAAGCAGAGUUUAGUAAUUAAGUUAGAAUUAAGAGCUUGCAAGGUUAAAAAAUAAAAAAAGGUAGUGCUUCCUGGCUCUCCCUGUUUUAGUAACCUGGGGAGAAAAAGUCUAUAGGAAAAAGUAAAAAAUGUAAUGAAGACGGUUAGCCUUCCUUGGAAAGUAAGUAUUUGUGGAUGGGUAUGAAAAUUUCCAGAAUACGUUGUCCAUCUCACACCCUCUGAAAUCUAAUAUAUGAAGUAGUAACAAAAAUGAAGUAAUUUAACAGAGUUAAUUUAUAUUUGAGUAAACCUUUUAUUUUUACCUCAGAAUAGUGAGUUUAGUGUCCCUGCUUUGCACAGUCUCCGUUCAAGGGCCCUCCAGAGAGGGAUGGCGGCUGUGCGGGAGAAGGGCCGACUGCGAAACUCCUCAGCCACACGUCAUGAGUCCUUGAUCCAGAGUCGGCCUGUGCUGUGGUGGGGCCAGCACAGCUGAACUGUGACUGUGGCGGGAGAUGGCCUGUGCCCAGGUGCUGCCAUGAACUCGAGCCUCAGAGCUGCAUUCUUUGGAAGGGUUGGAUUCUGGGGGCCCUUACUGUGUUAAUAAAGGUGCCGUAGUCGUAACUGCAAUUAGAACUGAAUCCUGAUGCAGCGGCUUAUGUAAAGGAUUGCAACAAACCGGGCCUGACGCCUGCAAGCAGUCUGUUUGGAAGCUUGCUUUAUUCUGAGUCGGUGAGAAAGAGAACACGAACACACGCUUCACUCCGCCCCCUCACUCAGGGCUCCCCGAGAGCCGCCCUCAGCAGUAAAACCAGUGUUACACGGAGUCAUUAACACAUUCAGACUUCUGCCUAUGCCCUUCAGUCCUGGAAAUUGGGUUGCAUGGGUGUCAACUCUGGUGCCUUAGAAGUUAGCGAGUUGGGAACCGAUCUAAAAUCGGGUAUUUUUUCUUUAUAGAGAAGGAUUUCUGGUGCUUUUGUUUCCUAAGAAACCAAUUUCUUAAAUUUGUUUGUUUGUUUUUAACAGCUUUGAGGAAUGUUUGGUUUGGGCCAGCAGUACUCUAUUUUUUGUUCUUUCCCCAAAGUAUUUUAAUUUCUCUACCAAAGAAAAAAAGAGCCGGUUUAGGUUUUUAUGUUACUUACAUACAUAUUAGAGAAGAGGAGCUAUAUAAUUUAGGAGGAAGGGACCACGGGCGAGUAUUUGAUUGUGAAUAGAAAACGUCAGCACCUUUGACUUACCUUGUCCUGGAAUGCAUUCCGUCUUUAUGCUGCAGCCGAGGCUCCUUCCCUGGGACGGUGGUCGGCCACAGCCUCAACACGUCCGUGCUCUCCAUCCACAUUUGUCCUGAUGGCACGCGCAGGAAUGUGCCGCUGUGUCCCCGACUGGAGACUUUUCCUUUCCUUCUGAGGUUCUCAUGUGCCGUUUUCUUCAACGGUGACCCCGCCGCCGGUGUCUUGCUGCUGCCUCUUUCGUUCUUGCCACCUCUUGCAGAGCGGGAAGUGUGUGAGCGCAUUUUGUUCCGUGCCCAAACAUUCAGCUUUGUGUUUUGUUUUGUUUUGUUUUUAACUUUGUCUUUUAAAAGUUUGGAUUUUCUGAAUGAGGCAUUUGAAUCGUACCGGCAUGGACCUUUUAAAAACCGGGAUGUCAAACCAUUUGGGGUAAAUUUUUCUUGCCGGUGGCCCGUGACAUACAGAGGAAUUCCUUACCUCUACUAAUAAGCCAUUCAGCCUAAAUUCUACUUUGUGAAUAAAUCUAUUCUAUCUCAUGGUAAACGUGGCUUGUGCCACUCAAAAACUAGUGGGAAGAGUGUGUGUGACUGCAGCCCCGGGCCAGGACGCCAUUCACUAACAAAGUUAGAGAAGAUGGAGCAUUUCCAAGGCCUUAUUUCUUUGUCAGGAUGCUUUAAGUGUGAUUAUAUGUGCUGGGUCUCUAGAGAAGUUUUUGUUACAACACUGCUACUUUGAGCAAUUUUGUUUUUCUGCACUGUCCUUGAGGGAAAUCACCAGCUCUGGCAUCUUAACAACAAACGGUGGAUGGGAAAUCUGUUUCUAAUAUGCAUCUUUAGAGUCAAAUACACCUUUUUCCUGUUACUCCUCAUGUACAACCAAAGAACUACAUUAUGGAAAUUGUAUCAUAAUAUCUGGAAACACAGCAUUUUCCUCUGACAGGUGACUUUUGUACAAAAUGAAAAAAAAAAAAAAGCUAGACCUUUUUGUUGUUCUUUUGCGAUUACAGCUCUCCAUUUCGUAGUCUUUAUAGUUAUUGAAGGAACCUGCUGAUAGAGGCAAGUACGACCGUCCUAUUCAAAUGUUUGUUGUUACGAUGCAAAUGGAUAUUGGUUGAGACAGAAGCUAGAUCCUUACUACUGCAUUCUCUGAAUUCUGUUUUAACAUUUGUGUUAAAGUAGACAUAGCUUGAACUCAUGUGAAAUCGUGGAGUUUUGCUAUCAGCAGCUUUGCAGUUGGAGAAACAAAGAAACCAAAGCUGAAUAUUUAAAAGAAUGAAUCUAUCUGGAAAUCCUUGCUCUCAAAAGAAGACACUCAUCAGGUGUAGUUUUUCUCAGUGUUCUAAUUUUUAAAAAAUUUUAUCUUCAUAUUUGCAUCAAAUAUUUCUUUAUGUGCACAAUGUAUGUUUUACCUCCUUAAAAUGCCUAAAAGUUAGUUUAGCUACCUUUGUUUAAUCUAUACACGAUGAUUAAGUGCAUUUAAUAUUGGUAAUUUAAUGAAAAGCAUUCCUUGCCCAAUGGAUGUAUACAUUUUUGAAAGAAUAAGCCGAAUUAUAUAAUAUGAAAUGCUAUGUAAAGUUUUCUAUGUAAAAAUAUUAUGUAUAAUACUGUUAAAAUCCCAUGCUUUAAUCAGGUGGUAAAUCAAUAAUAAAGUUUUAAAAAGUAAA